AUGACCACAGCGCUGUAGGGUGACAGCAGGGCAGUGUGUGUCACCUCUGAGGAAGCCCCAUUUUGCCCUAAAGCUACCGAUGGGUCCCUGCGGAGCGAGGACUGGGCUCUCAACAUGGAGAUCUGCGACAUCAUUAACGAGACUGAAGAAGGGCCCAAAGAUGCCUUCCGAGCCAUUAAGAAGAGAAUUGUAGGGAAUAAGAACUUCCACGAAGUUAUGCUGGCAUUGACGGUCCUGGAGACAUGCGUCAAAAACUGCGGCCAUCGCUUCCAUGUCCUUGUAUCCAGCCAGGACUUUGUAGAAGGUGUCCUGGUGAGAACAAUCCUGCCGAAGAACAAUCCACCUGCCAUAGUGCAUGACAAGGUGCUGACCCUCAUCCAGUCCUGGGCAGACGCCUUCCGCAGCUCACCGGACUUGACUGGUGUUGUUGCUGUGUAUGAAGACCUGAGACGGAAAGGCCUGGAGUUCCCCAUGACUGAUCUGGACAUGCUGUCACCCAUCCACACACCACAGAGGACUGUGUACAGCUCCGAAUCCCAGUCUGGGCAGAACUCACCUGGGGUCAACUCCCCUCAGCAGAUAGAGUCCAUCCUCCACCCUGUCACCCUGCCCACCGGGAGAGGCACAUCCAGUGAUGCACCCAUCACACCCACACCAGAGCAG